UUUCGUGAGAAGACGUCCCGCGAAAGCAAACUCCUCUCUCUUUUUCUUCUCCGUUAAGUCGAGACUUCCGCAGCAGAGGAGCGUAUUGUAGAGAUUUCUUGAUCACCAUUAUCAAGAGGGAAAGAAGAAAGAGAAGAGGAUAAUACUGGGGCGUUUUCGGCUUCGGGCUUUGAAGCUUCGGAGUUCCAUCAUUUCCUCACGCACCGACGAAGAAAGAAGUUCAACGGUCAACGCCGUAGAAUUUGAAGAUUGUGCGUUGCAGAAUUUUGUGGGAUCAGUUCGAAGAUGUUGGCAGAGUACAUAACCAGAUUUCUCGUGGUGUUGUUUGGCUACGCUUAUCCGGCUUUCGAAUGCUUCAAGACAUUGGAACAGCAUCCGGGCAACACAAGGCAGCUUCAAUUCUGGUGCCAAUACUGGAUCAUCGUGGCGAUACUGACGGUCAUCGAGAUGGUGGGCGAGUUUCUAGUCUCAAUGUUGCCCAUGUAUGGCGAAGCCAAGCUGGCCUUCUUGGUCUACCUGUGGUACCCGAAAACCAAGGGAUCCGAUCUGGUGUACGACACCUUCCUCCGCCCGCUCGUCAUGCAGUACGAACCUGACAUCGAGGAGAGGUUCCGAAACCUGCGGGCUAAGUCCGGGCAGCUGCUCAUCUUCUACCUCAAGAACUUCACAGAGAAAGGCCAGAUCUUGUUCCUCGAUGUCCUCCGCUAUGUGGUCUCCAAGGCCUCGAGCGGUACCGAGCGGAUUAGAGGACGAGGAUCGUCUUCCAAGAACAAGAAACGGGAGAAGCAGGGUGCGGACGAAUUGGAGGACAUCGCCGAAGCCUUGUUUGCCACAAAUGCGAAGCAACGGGGAUCGCGCCAGCACAAAUAAGAUCACACAAUAGCCGUAAAUUUAGGGAGAUUAAAAAUAGACAAAAAUGAUGAUGAAUUACUGGUUAUUGACGUUUCUUUUUCGAUUUGAAUCGUGAUUUUUCGUUUUGGGGAA